GAAAAGAAAGGGUGUUUACACUUGACUUGAGUGAGACGGAGAGAGAGUGUGAGUGCUUGAUGUUCUCAAUUAAUUAAAUCUCACAGAGAAAGUCUCUCUCUCUCUGUUUUUGUUGUGUUCUCUUUACUACCUCUUGAAACCAAAAGGGUCACUCUGUGCUGUGGCCUCUGUUUUCAAAGGAAACCCUUGUUCUUUUCCUUGCCUUUCUUUCCUAGCACUGUCUUCUAACUUCCAACUCAUAUAAUUCAUUUUCCCUAGUCUUCUUUGUUUUCACCCUUUCCUUGUGAAAUCUGCAAAACCAGCUAUUCAGUUUGGCUAUCAAACCAAGCCAAAGCUCUUAUAUUAUUUUUUAUAUAUAAAUAGGCACCAAAUACACAUUUAUGAUACACCAAUUUGAAGCUUGUCCACACAAGACAAGAUUAUCACCAGCCCCUUUCCAUUCACAAACCUGAGAGUAAGAAGCACUUGUCAGUGACCAACAAACCAACCAACCAACCAUGAUGCCUGCUCAUGGUCUCAUCAUCUCUCUCAUUUUUGUGUCCAUUUUAGCCAAUGAGGCAAGCUUGGUCCAUGAGGCAAAUGGGUCAUUUCCAAUGGUGCCCUUGGUGGAGGCUGGGAAGAUGGAGAUGAUGAUGGUGAUGAAUGAGAGCAGAAGGAAACUUGGAAGCUUCCAGAUAUGUGCCUUGUGCACCUGCUGUGGUGGAGCAAAAGGGAUGUGCUUGCCCUCUCCUUGUUGCUAUGCCAUCAAUUGCAACAUUCCUCAUAGACCUUUUGGCUUUUGCUCAUUCACACCAAAGACCUGUAAUUGCUUUGGAUGCCAUCUUUAGUCCCCUCUCCCCCUAUUAUAGUCUUAUAAUAAUAAUUGAAAAAAAAUUGAGGGUUAUUUUUAGUUAAUUAUGUUGCAAGUGUGAAUGGGAAGUGAAGUGAAGAAUAUCUGCUCUUGGUUAGUCUGUUUAUUAAUUACUAUUAGUUAUUAUUAUUAUUUGGGGAUUGUUAUUUCCAGGAAUUAUUUUUUCUUUCUGCAGUGCUUACUGGGAUUUGUUAGGGGUGCCUGGAGAUAUAGCACAUUGUCUGAUUUGUCAGAAUAGCAAUAUAUGAUAUAAUUAUAUGUAGUACAUGGGGAAUCAAGAAAACGUUGUCCCUUUAUGUGGAGAUACUGGGGUUCAUGAUAAUUUUUCACUUUUUUGAAUGAUUAUAGUAAUGCAAGUGCUCAGUGAGCCUGUCGUUUGGCCUGGACCAUGAUUCAACUUUACAACUUAUUCUCAUUUUGUUA